AUGGCUUCAAAUGGUCCUCUGGUCGCGGCGGACGACCACCAGCAUCGCCGCCGGAAGGGAGCUCUACGCCAACGGAAAACCAACAAGGGACCUAUCUCUUCCCGGCUGAUGCUUGAUAUUCGUCUAAAGGGCGAAGUCGGGAUUCUUUCGGAUGAGCUGCUAGCAGACUUGUUUCCCCGUCAGGGUUCUCAUGAUGCAGAAGCCCAUUCUGAGAUAAUUUACGUUGCCCUAGCACCUUGGAUGCCUAACCUUACGACUGUUGAAGACGUUCAGUGGACUAUUGUUCCAGUUCGCACUCAGGCCAGCGAAAAAACGAAAGCUUCCUUCAUCUCCAGCUCUGCCAUUCACUUCCCCGUCGCCGCCAACUCAAUCCAACCUUUCAUUCAAGCGUUACAGGGCAGCGAUCCCUCGCGAUCCUCCUUCCUGCUAGCCCAGCGUGGAAUUGAAAUCCACAUUGUCAAUGUCACACCGCUACAUUUGGACACCAUAUAUGUUACCGUGGAGCGAAACUUGCUACGGGAUAUUGAUGAGAUACAAGGGAAAUUUGGGGGAGGAUUCAGCGGGAAGUCGCGUGUAUCCAACGGCUUAUGGCCCAAAGGAAAAGGGUCGACUUCGUCUCAUGAUCGUGCGGUAUCCAAAGGGGCAAAACAGUCUGCCGCACAGAGAGACGAGCGGUUGAUGGAAGCUAUCCGCAGAGGGCUAGCUGAACGAGAUAUAUUGCAUAGCGGUGAUCUAAUACCUCUUCCAUUGCCUUCACAUCCGAUUACGCAUGCCCCGCCCCCACCAGCAAUGAUUACGUUCUGCGAGCCCGUCGCUCAGGGACGUUUGAUGCCAAAGACCAAGAUUAUACUAUUACAAGCGCGAUCAGCACGGAAACAGCACACUAAGUCGUUGUCUACCGCUAGCACUACCCAUCUCAAACGGGUCACUGAAAUUGAUACCGAAGAUACGUUGAAUGAUACAUUCUACUCCGCUGGGGAAGAAAAGGGGCUAGAAGAAGGCACUGAUGAAGGCACUGAUGGCGAGAGCCCAUCGCCGCCAGAUGAAUCUGAUACUGAGGCUUCGACCGAGAGCCACAGUGACGCAGAUGAUUCAGACGAUUCAGAUGACUCCUUGGAAGACAUGAUUUCCCUCGCUGCCCCAGAACUACCGCAGCAGACAUCCGGAGCAAUGUCAGCAUUCUCCUCUGCCACUCCAAGGCUCGGUGGAAGGUCCCUUGGCAUACACUCCCCUGGUUCUGUAUUUUCGAGUUUUACGUCAAAUACUGCUCGUCAGGGAAGACAAGCCGGUAAAACAUUCAAGGCCGAAUGCCUCAUUGACCGCAUACCCAAUGAGCUCCUCCACCCAAAGCCCCGAGAAGAAGAUGACACUGACGCGUUCAUUUUUGUUGACGUGCAUACCCUUGUCAAGAUAGGAUGUUUCUCUGGGGAUUGGGUUCGUGUGGCUCCCACAGAGGAACCUCAACGAAAUAUGCUAUCAUCAUUGGCUUUUAGCGGCCUUAACGGUUUAAUGGGAAGUACCGAAGAACCCGAGAACUGGCGCGUCGCAAGGGUUUACGGUGUUACGGGCCUAUCUCCCCCCAAAAUAAGAUAUUCGAUGAACAAGUCAGCAGAGAGAUCAUCUAGCAUCUCGCAGGUCCCUCCCCAUGGCCUCACACCAACUGUUCUUUUACCUCCACUUCUACUGCAUAACUUACAGAGCCCCAGCUACGUGAAGCUUUCCCCCUUGUCUCUCGGUCCAGCUCAACACGGCCCUUCGAAACUAGGACUAGCAGCCUCGCGUGGCACUGGUGUGCCAAAAGCACCACCCACAGCCAAAGAAGUCACUCUAUUGAAAAUAUCUACCCCUCUGUCCGUAGAUAGAGCACUUCAGCCAGCCAUAUUUUCUGCACUGAAACAUCAUUUCGAAUCGAAAAGGCGGUUGGUAAAAGGUGGUGAUAUGAUAGGAGUCAGUAUCGAUGAAGGACUCGGAAGGACAGUUUUUUCUGCAACCAAGAGUGCAGAUGUUACGGGCCAGGAAGAUGAGUUACCUUCCCAGCUUGCCUUUUCAUCAGGUAAACAUAGCCCUUCCAGCAAGGUUGGUGUGGCUUGGUUCCGUGUUAGCCAUGUUACAGCUCCUACUACAAGUGCAGAACCAGACAGUGGCCCAGAUCAUGAACUCUGGGGUGGAGUAGCAGCUAUUGAUACCCUCAACACCCGGAUGGUACAAGCAGGAAGUGAGAUUGGCACAAUCCCUGGAACGCUCAGGAACACAUGGGAGUACUGGCUCUCCGUCAAGGCGGCGCCACAGCUGAGCGUAGACCAGAAAGCAACUCCAUGGCUACAAACCGACUCUCCAGCAGUUUUUAUAUCCCCCAUUCAGAGGCGUGUGAGAGAGUUGGUAGCAGCCGCCACGAGCCCGAGAGCCAUUCAAUUGGGACUAAAACCUGUUGUUAUCCUUCUCACAUCUACGCAGAGAAACAUCGGUAAAUCAACAGUCGCACGUCGAGCAUGCGCCGAUAUAGGCCUUCACACUUUCACCAUCGAUUCCUAUGAUAUCCUCAGUGAGGGAGGGGCGAAUGGAGGAGAUAUGAAAACAGAGGCAUAUCUGAAAGCGAGAGCAGAUAGAGCGUUUGCGUGUGGCUCUGCUUGCACUGCUCUAUUAAUAGAGCACAUCGAAGUGUUAACAGCGGAUAGAAUUGUUACAUCUUUCAAAGAAAUUGUUGCUAGCUCUCGAGUUAUCAUUGCCACGACCACGGACGUGGAAAAGGUUCCUGAAGGAAUUCGAAGCCUCUUCACGCAUGAGCUUGAAAUGACAGCUCCAGAAGAAAAGGAGAGAGAAGGGAUCCUUAGAAACGCAGUGGCUGAUUUGGCCUUGCGGAUAUCGCCUAAUGUUGAUUUGGCUUCGGUGGCUGUCAAAACGGCCGCACUCGUUGCUGGAGACUUAGUUGACGUUGUUGAAAGAGCUGUGGCCGAACGAACUUUACGACUAGAGAAGCUCGCGGACUCCGCUGCACCCCUCGAUGCAAAGUCCACAGUUAGUGUCCGAGACGUUCAGAUCGCUGGAGGUGAUGCUACUCGAUCUGUCACUAAGGCUGAUUUUGAUGCCGCUGUGGAUGCCGCGAGGAAAAAUUUCGCCGAUUCCAUCGGAGCUCCAAAGAUUCCGAACGUCACUUGGGAUGAUGUGGGUGGACUCAGCAACGUGAAGGACGCCGUCAUGGAAACUAUCCAGCUUCCACUUGAACGACCAGAGCUCUUUGCUAAGGGCAUGAAAAAGCGAAGUGGUAUCUUAUUCUAUGGUCCUCCGGGGACAGGAAAAACAUUGCUUGCAAAGGCAAUUGCCACGGAGUUCUCUCUCAACUUCUUCUCUGUCAAAGGUCCUGAGCUAUUGAACAUGUACAUUGGAGAGUCUGAAGCGAACGUACGCAGAGUCUUUCAGCGCGCUCGAGAUGCGCGACCAUGCGUAGUCUUCUUCGACGAGCUUGACUCUGUGGCACCCAAACGUGGCAAUCAGGGAGACAGUGGUGGUGUGAUGGACAGAAUUGUCAGCCAGCUUCUUGCAGAGCUUGAUGGUAUGAGUGGUGGUGAUGAGAACGGGGGUGGUGUCUUUGUUAUUGGUGCCACCAACCGUCCUGAUCUAUUAGAUGCUGCCUUGCUACGACCCGGCAGAUUUGAUAAGAUGCUCUAUCUUGGUGUUUCGGAUACGCAUGAUAAACAGCUUACCAUCCUGGAAGCUCUGACCCGCAAGUUUAAUUUGCAUCCGGAUCUUUCGUUGAAGCGAGUUUCAGAACUUCUACCGUUCACUUAUACUGGUGCUGACUUGUAUGCGCUCUGCUCGGAUGCCAUGCUUAAAGCAAUUACUCGGCAAGCCAAUGCCGUGGAUGAAAGAAUAAAGGCUCUCCCUAGUGGACCAGUUACAACGGCGUACUUCUUUGAUCACCUCGCUACUCCCGAAGAUACUGCCGUAAUGGUCACGGAGCAAGAUUUCCUCGAAGCCAAAAAUGAGCUUGUUCCUAGCGUUAGUGCGAAAGAGCUUGAACAUUUUGAACGAGUGCGUAAGACAUUCGAGACUGUUGAUACUAAAAAAUCAUCCCUUUCCGACGGGGAAAAGGCAAUUGAGGAAGGGCCAGCAGACGGUAUCGACAUCACGGCGGAUGGCUCUCUAACGAUAGGCGAAGCUCUCAAUGCUUCCAAUAAACCAGCUGGAGACACCGAAGCCGACGAUGAAUAUAUAGUUAGAACUGAUCACUUGGCCAAUGCCGAGUCAUCAAAGUGA